GACGAUUUACAACACUACUGGAAUAGUUACAACAGCUGUUUCAAGUGCAAUGUUUCUGCAUUGGGCGUACUUUGGAUUUUUUAACAAUUAUUAAUUAAAGUUUAUUUAAAUAAAUAUGUUUCCGUAUUUACAAAGUCAGCUAGUUAAUUUACAGCAACUACAAGAAGAUGCUUGUCGUGAACUGAUUUACCUAUUGGAAAAAAUUGAUGGAUCCAAGACAAUAAUACUAGACGAAGAAUUAGUUGGACCCAUUGGAUUAAUUACUUCGCCAAGCGUUUUUAGUGAUCGAAGUGUAACGCUUUUAAAAUUAAAAAAUGAUACACGUCUUCCGCGCCGGGUGACAAAUAUUAUUUAUAUUGUUAGACCCAAAGUUAUUUUAAUGGACUUAAUUACAACAUGUGUACAACAAAAUCCUGACAAAGGUCGUUUACAUCAUAUAUUUUUUGUGCCAAGACGAUCUUACUUGUGUAUUAAACAUAUUGAGGAUAAAGCCUUUAGUACCUCUUUUCAAAUAGAAGAACUCAAUUGGAAUUUUUUCCCACUCGAUUCUGAUGUCCUCUCCAUGGAGUUACCAAAUGCGUUCCGUGAUGUUAUUAUUGAUGGUGAUCCAACUUCACUGUAUCAAGCUGCGGUGGGUCUAGUUCAAGUUCAACGUUUAUAUGGGCGAAUACCAAAAAUAUAUGGUAAAGGAAACUGCGCACAAAGAGUUUGGGAACAUACUAAACAAUUGGGUGCAGAGGAAAAGCAUUUACUAACUAACGGAGACAAGGGUGCUAUAGAUCAACUUAUACUUUUAGAUCGUUCGAUAGAUUUAUUAAGUGCGUUAGCUACUCAGUUAACUUAUGAAGGCCUUAUUGACGAAAUAUAUGGCAUACAUCAAAAUCAACUUACUCUACCAACAGAUGUAUUAAAUCCACGUUCUGAUGAAACUGCGUCUAUUGCGCAAUCUCAUCUUGUUGCAGAGAAGAAAACAUUUUAUAUGAACUCGAAUGAAAAACUUUAUGCCGAGUUACGAAAUAAAAAUUUUAAUGAAGUUGGAAGGAUAUUAUCCCGCAAUGCUAGAGAAAUAAGCGCUCAAAUGAAUGCUAGCUCACAGGAAAAAUCUGUUAAAGACAUGAAGCGAUUUGUUGAUAAACUACCAGCUCUACUUGAACAAAAGCAAUCGAUAGCAGUUCAUACAAAUAUUGCUGAAUUGGUUCGCAAUUACUUAGAUACUUUCGAUUUUUCCGAUGAUUUGACUGCUGAACAAGAAUUCAUGAUUUGUGAAGACAUAGAUAAACCUAGUAGUUAUAUUGAAGAUCUUAUAGGAAGAAAAUAUGAUUUGAAUGAAGUCCUGCGUCUAAUAUGUAUACAAUGUGCUGCCGCAUCCGGAUUUAGAGAGAAAGUUCUGAAUUAUUAUAAACGGGAAAUUGUUCAUGUCUAUGGAAUUGAAACUUUGUUAGUCAUUAGUAAAUUAGAAAAGGCGCACCUGUUACAUACACAAUCGGAGUCGAGAGCGUAUGCCGUCCUACGUAAAUCCUUAAAUCUUACGGUAGAUGAAGCCAUCGAAGUGGAUCCAAAGGAUAUUAGUUAUGUACAUAGUUUUUAUGCUCCGUUGACUGCACGUAUUGUCGAACAGACACUUAAACCAUUAGGUUGGCAGUCAUUAAAGAGUCAAAUUCUCAAUUUGCCUGGCAAUACAUUUGAAGAUUUUCAAGCGCAAUUAAUUGGUAUCGGCGGACGACAAUCUUCGACAUCUGGUGAAGGGUCCUUACUCAACAUUCCUCGCGUCAUUUUAGUAUUCUUUAUUGGUGGUUGUACAUUUGCUGAAAUAGCUGCUUUGCGCUUUCUAUCACAACAGGAAGACAAUAACGUAGAGUUUGUUAUCGCAACGACAAAAAUUAUAAACAAAACAAAUUUUAUUGCAAACAUUAUACAAUAAAAAUUCUUGUUAACCCUUAA